AUGGAUCUGGAAAAUGAUAGACAGAUCGAGACGGGUACGAUGUUGAGCGAGACCCCGAUGGCCCCCGCCCAAGUCCCCAAUGACGACGAUGAUGAAAUUGUUUCCUUCGCGAUACAACUCACCAGCGCUGCCGGGCUGCCCAUGGUCCUCAAGACGGCUCUCGAGCUCGACCUCCUCGAGAUCAUGGCCAAGGCCGGACCCGGCGCAUGCCUCUCUGCCCCCGAGAUUGCAUCUCAGCUCCCGACCGAGAACCCAGACGCGCCCGCGAUGCUCGAUCGGAUCUUGCGCUUCCUCGCAUGCUACUCCAUCGUCACUUGCGCCGCGCACGAACUCCCUGAUGGGCGGGCCGAGAGGCUCUACGGGCUUGCCCCGGUUUGCAAGUUCUUCACCAAGAACGAGGAUGGUGUUUCGAUGGCCCCUUUGUGCCUCAUGAACCACGAUAAAGUCCUCAUGGAAAGCUGGUACCACUUGAAAGAUGCUGUUCUUGAAGGAGGAGUCCCCUUCAACAAGGCCUAUGGAAUGACGGCAUUUGAAUACCCCCGUACCGAUCCAAGAUUCAACCAACUAUUCAACAAAGGGAUGUCCGAUGUUUCAACAAUGAUGAUGAAGAAGGUCCUCGAGACAUACAAAGGCUUCGAGGACCUCGAGUCGGUAGUCGACGUCGGCGGCGGAACUGGCGCUGUCCUCAACAUGAUCAUCUCCAAGUACCCCUCCAUUAAGGGCAUCAACUUUGAUUUGCCUCACGUCAUCGCCAAUGCUCCUUCCUAUCCCGGCGUCGAGCAUGUCGGAGGAGAUAUGUUCGUUAGUGUUCCUACAGGAGAUGCGAUUUUCAUGAAGUGGAUAUGUCACGACUGGAGCGAUGAGCAUUGCUUGAAGUUCUUGAAGAAUUGCUGCAAUGUGCUCCCGGAAAAUGGGAAGGUCAUAGUGGCCGAGUUCAUCCUUCCUGAAGUCCCAGACACGAGCUUCACGACCAAGUUAGUCACUAAUGCUGACCUGAUCAUGAUGGCUUACAACCCAGGCGGAAAAGAGCGGACGGAGAAGGAGUUCGAGGCGUUGGCCAAGGCUGCGGGGUUCAAGCGCUUCCGAGUCGUGUGCAUCGCCUUAAAGACUUGCGUGAUGGAAUUCCUCAAGAACUAA